AACUUGGUGCAAGAUGUUUCUUUCAAAAGGUCUCACAUUUUUUACGUGUUUAAUAGUUUUAACAACUAGUGCAGUUGGUAAAAUCCCCCCCGGAGCACCAUGGGCAAAGUUUGCUUCCAAACCUGUUUACUCAAGAGCUAUUGUACCACCAUUAUCAGGAAUGAACACCAUAACAGUGCCAUAUAUACCAAAAUCGCCGCUGUUUCCAAAAUUUGUUGAUCCCAAAAUUAUGAUUUCGAAGAAGACAGAUUUAUUAUCCAAUUUAUUUGGAGGUGUGGGGCCAUUUGGGCCAUAUUCAUCCCCAUACCCGUACCCAUAUCCGAUGGGUUUCAGACCAUUUAUGCCAUACGUUGCAAGUGGAUUACCUUUGUACAAUGCUGCUGAUGAAAUACAGUCAGUAAACAGUGUAGGUACAAGUAAUAAAGAAGAUGGUAGCGCUUCAUACAAACGUGGAAUCUUUGGACCCUUCAGUUCAAAGCCUUUUGGUUCUAUGAGUCCUAAGUUUGGUCCUCUAUCACCAUUUUCCGAGUUGAAUACUGUACCUGACUAUACUAUGAAAGGUGGUCUUUCUCGUAAAAGGAGAAGUACAGAUGAAUCAUCCAUAACAAAGCUUCGAUCGAUCAUGGAUGGUGGUAAGCCAGAAACAAAGAGUUUGGGACCACCACCUCCUUACCCUACUCUUGCUCCAAUUUCUGAAGAGUCAGAGGAUGAGGCUAGUCUAUUUCUAAAAAGAUUUGGUGGUGCUACUGCACCUAAACAAUACAUGCCAGGGAUGUUUUCACCGUUUGGACCAAUGGUGGAUCCAUCCAUGUUCAUUGCAAAGAAAUCUGCUUUCUUGGAUACCUUGUUUAAAAACCUUGCUACUAGUACACCACUGUCAACAUCAACGGAAGUCUCAACAACGAAAAGCACCAUUGUACCACCUGAUUUUUGGUUUCCAUCGUCAAUGAUUCCAAGCCCGAUCGAGUACGAUGAAAAGGUAGAAAAUUUUUUGGAUAAAUUAUUUGAGACUUUAAAGUUGAACAAAACCAUGCUCGCGAAGGAAAGUCCAAGUACGAAGAGUGACUUUGCGAGAUCUAUCGAAUCUGACGAGGACGCUACAGAAGCAAAAAUUGUAAGAUCCAUUGAUGAUCUAUCAUCAAUUAACGCUGCUAAAGAUACAAUUGUUAGUAGCAUACUGUCUGAGUUGGGCGGUUUGAAGAGUAAUAUGGUGACAACAAUGAACGAUUUAGUUGCGUAUCAAAAAGCUACAUCACCAAUGUCACCAAAGAAGUCUUUCAAACCCUUUGGACCGGGUAUGUGGCCAAAAUCCCCUGUCGAUGGAAUGCUCCCUUUCCAACAAAAAAUGGCUAUUCUGAGCCAAGUAUUCGAUAUGUUGUCGGAUUUGCAGAAAAAUAUUACUCUGGCAGUUCAAAGUGCAGUGAACGCUAAAAUGGCGUCUGCUAAUGUUUUCACAGGAGCAAUGGGUGCUAAUUAUCCAUCGAUGAAUAACGAUAUUCUUUCCACUACUAGUAAUAUACCCAUCGAUAUGAGUUUUCUAGAUGCUAUCAAGAGUAAGUUGGGCACAUUCGAUUACGAAAUGCCAGCUUCCUAUGGAUCGGGUUCUGGUAAAUUUGGACCGAAGAUGACUCGAACGAUGGAAAAGGCUCCAGGAUCGUUUUGGGUAUCUUAUCCUGGUGAUGCGGAUGCUGCGGAAAAACGACAAAUUGACAGUGACACCGAGCUAUUAAUAAAGGAAGAAAGUAACUCCAGUCCAAAGCAAGAACCGCGUGGAGUUCAAAUGCAAAUGCAUCAGGGAUAUCAGAGUUUGCCGCCUGGUUCCGUAGAGUCCGUACAGGCAGGAGGAGGUUCUACACCUGGCCAGCAAGGCGGAGGAAUUAAAUUAUUUAUACAAAUGCCGGUAUUGCCUAAUAUGCAAGUGCCAGGCUUUCAAAAUAAUUAUUACAAAAACUAGGUAUGUGCGAUUUAUAUACCAUGAAUACCGCGAACAUGUUCGUUUGUCACAGGAUAACAGCGAUUACGAGGAUAGUAACAAAUGGGCGGACUGGAUGGAGUACCUGAGAAACAACCAUCAAGGACAUAGGCAUCACAAUCAUCAUUAGGCU